UCGGCAUUCACCUGUGGCGAAUAAUUAGAGAGAGAGAGAGAGAGAGAGAGAGAGAGGAGAAAUGGAUAGAAGGAAAGGGAGAGCCGUGGUGGUGGGUGGAAGCAUAGCAGGUCUAUCGUGCGCACAUGCGCUCAUCGCAGCAGGAUGGGAAGUAGUGGUCCUAGAGAAAACGUGCGCACCUCCGAAGGGCAGUCCGACGGGUGCUGGUCUGGGUCUGGAUCCUCAGUCCCAACUAUUCCUUCACUCAUGGCUCGCCUCACCUGAUCUCCUCCACACCUCCACCAUACCUCUCGAAAUCGACCAGAACCAAGUAACGGAUAGUGAGAAGAAGAUCAGCUGGACUCUAACAAGAGAUGAGAGCUUCAAUUUCCGGGCAGCCCAUUGGUCUGAACUCCACAGCCUUCUUUACAAAUCUCUACCGUCCAAUGUCGUUCUGUGGGGCCACCAGUUCCUGUCUUUCCAGACUUCUCAUGACAGAGCCUCUGUUAGAGCUGAAGCCAAAGUCCUCCAAACAGAUGAGGUUGUUGAGAUCGUUGGGAAUUUACUCAUUGCAGCAGAUGGAUGCCUAUCUGCAAUCAGACAGCAUUUCCUGCCCCAUCUUAAAUUGAGGUAUUCGGGAUAUGCUGCGUGGAGGGGGGUUCUUGAUUUUUCAGGAAAUGAGAAUUCAGACACCAUCACUGGCCUCCGAAGAGUGUAUCCAGAUCUUGGGAAAUGCUUAUACUUUGAUCUCGCCACUGGGACCCACAGCGUGCUUUAUGAGCUCCAAAAUCAAAGAAUCAAUUGGAUCUGGUACAUCAGUCAGCCAGAGCUUGAAUUGAAGGGCAACUCUGUGACUAUGAAAGUAAGCAAUGCCAUGAUACAGAAAAUGCAUGAAGAGGCAGAGAUGGUGUGGGUCCCAGAGCUGGCCCAAGUCAUCAAAGAAACAAAGGAGCCUUUUAUCAAUGUGAUCUAUGAUUGUGAUCCACUAGAAAAUUUGUUUUGGGACAAUGUGGUAUUGAUAGGAGAUGCGGCCCACCCGACAUCUCCUCACGGUGUUAGGAGCACAAACAUGUCGAUCGUGGACGCAGGAACUCUGGGCCAAUGCCUUGAGAGGUGGGGAUUAAACGAAUUGGGUUCGGCAUUGGAAGAGUACCAAUCGAUCCGAUUACCUGUUGUUUCGAAGCAAGUACUACACUCACGGCGAAUGGGCCGCAUCAAACAAGGGUUAGAUCUUCAUGAUCGUAAGGUUUUUGAUCCCAUGAUGGCCACUCUAGAGGAGUGUGAAGAGCUUCAACAGAGGAAAAUGCCUUUCUUUGGGUAUGCUCCUUCACCAUCUGAUUGAAGUUGGUAGCUUGUAUCUAUUUUCCAUGUCUAAGUUCAUAUUAAUGUAAAUCCUAUUUAUUUAUCAUAAUAUAUUUUCAUUCAAUCA